UCGAUUUAUGGCUGCACCGAUUCGCACAAAUAAACUUAGUAAAUUAAUUUUGAGGCAGCAUGAAUGGUCUCGUCAGGAUUCUAAUUAGAAAUUAUUUUUCGUUGCAGUUGAGAGUCGCAACCACAUGGUCUCCGGCUUACCUAAUCGAUGCGAACAGCUGUGAUGAUGGACUAGCCGUGAUUUUGCUCAAUCGGCCUAUUCUACUGCACAAGGAAUACUUUCGCUCUGUUUGGAAUAAUGCAAAAAUCCGCAUUACCGUCGACGGGGGUACGAAUCGAUGGGUGGACUUUAUUAAGGAAAAUAUUGGCACAGAAGCACAAUUAAAGCCACCCGAUCUGGCAACGGGGGAUUUCGAUUCUUGCACCGAUGAAUCCAUGUCGUACGUAAUGCGGUUGAAUUGCAAGAUAAUCAAAACACCCGACCAGAAUGCUACAGAUUUUACAAAAUCUCUCAAAGCGCUCCAGAGCGCCGGUUACGAUAGCGAAAUAAGUCGGAUUCUGGUGUUGUGUGAAAGUUCUGGCCGGUUGGACCAAAUCAUGGCCAACAUUAAUACUUUGUUUCUGGCCCGUGACAUUCUACCGAAUGCAUUUGUAUUCUUGCGACCCAGUAACUCUCUCAGUUGGCUGCUACCGGCGGGAACCCACUUAAUACAAAUUCCCCCUCGGUUGGUACACGAACGUAUCUGGUGUUCGCUUUUUCCUAUUGGACAACGGGCCGUAUGUAGAACUAGUGGAUUGCACUGGAACCUCGACAACCGGGUGAUUAAGUUUGGCAGUUUGGUAAUUACUUCGAACACUUACUCUAGCCAGGAAGUUCAAAUUCAAUCAGGGAGCGCCGUACUUUGGUCAAUGGAAACGACCCCGAAGGAUAUGUGAUAAGAGUAUUGCCUGAGCAACUGAAAAUACGUGUUCAUGUCAACGGGCUUUUAGGUGCCUAAUACAAUUCCCUCAUUUCUGUAUGUUGCUUUAUUAGAUGUACGAAUAUAUUG